AUGGCGGCCACAGGGGGUGGGCCAUCGUCAGCAUUCAAGUCGCCAACGUUUGAGAAGGAUGUGCAGAUCGUGGUAGACGAUGAUAUUGGCGCCGCAAGUAUAAGCCCUGCAGGACGCGACGUGGUACUCGCUAGCAAGAAUGGCCUGCGCAUUAUAGAUCUGGAUGACUUAUGGUCUCUACCACUCGUCAUCCCAAACCAGUCUUCAUGGGAUGUUGCAGAUGUACAAUGGUCUCCGUUCGCGGCACGCGCCGAAUGGAUCGCGUCGACGCGAAAUCAGCUUGCGCUUGUAUACAAUCUCUCCAUGCCUUACAACAACAACAAAGCGCCCAUCGAAUAUACCCUGCGCGCACAUGACCGAGCUAUAACAGACAUCAACUUCUCCGCGCAUCAUCCAGACCUCUUGGCAACUUGUGGUGUUGACAGCUUCGUCUUCGUCCACGAUCUUCGCAGCCAAAAGGCGCCACUGAAGCUUGCCGAUUAUACCGCAGGAGCCACCCAAGUGAAAUGGAACCGCCAAAACGACAAGAUUAUCGCAAGUGCUCACGACAAAUACCUUCACAUCUGGGAUACUCGUCAUGGAGCCAACCCUCUUUCUACCAUUACUGCGCACACGACCAAGAUUUACGGCAUUGACUGGAACCGCAACGAUGCGAAUAAGAUCAUGACCUGCUCACUCGACGCGACUAUCAAACUUUGGAACAACGUAGGUUUGAAAGACAAUAUAACCGUUCCUCGCCGCGUUAUUCGCACUGAUUACCCUGUGUGGCGAGCGCGACAUACGCCCUUUCCACAUGGCAUUCUCGCCAUGCCACAACGUGGCAACUCCUCUCUCUGGCUAUACAAACACGUUGAUGGUAGCGAUCCUUCGACCUUUACCAACAAUCAUGCUACAGAAUUCCCCGAGCACGGCGAGCAUGGCCCUGCCCAAGUUCGUGAAUUCCUCUGGCGCACGCGUGGCUCUACCGAUGACGGAUUCGACAACCGGGACUUUCAGUUGGUUUCUUAUGGUACUGACAGGCGACUCAUACUUCACCGUCUUUCUACAGAAGAUUUGGAAGCGUGGGUCGGUCACCGUAAAGGCGAGCCACUUGUCGAACAGCCCAGCAGGACGCGAAAAGGUGCAACGUAUGUUUCAUAUCGCGAUGGACCUAUUCCUACUACCACUAGUACAACCACUCAGGACGAAUUCGGCCCACCUCGCAGACAACGCAAAGGCAACCUUUCCACUCUCCUCCAGAACUACUCACUGAAAGAGGACGCUUACGCUCCGCGCUACCAUGACCGAAUGCAUCCUCGGAUUCAACAUGAGACAAUUCCGCGAGAAACCAUGACGGCUCGCCCGAUUCGGCGACAUGAUCCACGUGUAGUCAAUCACAUGAAGUGGAUUAAUGGCAUCAAAUUCGGGAGCGACGGUCACAACGAUAUCAAUGACCUCCAAGCUCCCCCCAACCAUCACGACCGUAAUAAGAAGCAGCCAUUUCAGGAGCAGAACGACCUUGGUGCAGAGAUUGCUUUGGUAGGCCACAAGUACAAGAAGCUUGCUUUUGAAGAAAUCGAUAUUCCCCGGCGACGCAUCAAGGUCUCCUUCAGCGGUCCAUGGGGUGAUUGGGAUGCAGUCACAAACGAACCCAGAUUAGUGUUUCUUCGCUUCACAAUCAACUUCCCAGUUUCCUACCCGAGGGCAAUCAAAAGGGAAGAGUCGGGCUCCGUUCUUAGCAGGAUAUCGAGUCCUUUGCAUAUUGAGUUUGAGAGGACGACAGCGGCGAUUAGCAAAGAAACCCAAGAUGAACUAACGAACAACAUGCACCGCAUUGCGGAAACCUGCGCAGACCAACAGCGAGAGGGCCUGGAAGCAGUCCUAUCGUAUGCGUUGGGUGAACGAGCUUUGGACGACAGCCUAGAUCUAGCCGAAGAUGACGACGCGCUCGCAGACCUUGGACCACUGCCUGGCGAGAGCUCUAGUGAGGAUGAAGACCAGGAGGGCGAGUUCACUGAUGACGUCAUGCAGUCAUCCCAUACUAACGCCAACAUACCUCUGCCGGUUCAGUGUACUGCACGAUUCUCGGUAGAUGGAUCCCUUGUAGUCGCAAGGAUACCCGUAGCAAAAUCUAUGCCUGGCGCAGAUACCUUCAGAUUCCAGAUUACCAGGAAUCUUAGACAGGGUGUUUCGAAGAAUGACAUCUUCGACUCGUUCGGCCGCUUCACAAAUCGUCAUCCGGGAGCCUCCGAUGGCGCGUCGUCGCCAUCCUCCUCCGUUGGAUCAUGGGAAACAUCCUCCACCCUAUCUUCAUCGUCCGACUCCCACCAUGCAGGAAAUUCGCAUAUAGGCAACUUCCAGCCACCGCUUGCUUGGCAAAAAUCGGCAUCCCGCUUCCAAUCGCGAAACUCUAUACCCUCCUCCACUGGUGGAGGAAAACAGACGACUAAACCUAAGUCGACGGUGUCAAUACUAUUUUCUGCCACAGAGGAUCUGGUACCCAGUAAACGUGAACUCGCGGAGGAAUACAGGAUCUUUGGACCUGGACCAGUGAUAUGCGAGCACAAUUCCGAAGUAGCUCGGAAGUACGGCUUCGAUGAUCUCGCGGAUAUUUGGAUUCUUUGCAAACUGAUUUUGAGUAAUGAGGUACCCUUGGAAAUACUACCUCAAAAGUACCGGAGGGACCAGGUCCUUGUGCUCGCCCGAAGAGCUCUUGUGAGAAUCAAACGCAAGGACAGUGGGUUGGACUUACAAUUCGACGAGGCAGAUACCGUGGCCAAUCCUAAGCUCAAAGCUCGCGUAAAAUGGGGACAUCACAUUGUCGUCACGUGGUUGAUACCAUCGCUUUUCGACCACUUCGAACGCCUAGCAGAUACCCAGAUGCUUGCUAUGCUGUCGUGUAUCUUUGCAGAACCUGCUGCUCGCGAAGGUGUCACUUCAGCUAUGGCCAAGAUGCGACAAUCCCAGCUGCCUAUGUCCAUGGAAGCACCAGCGUUUUCAUUAGACUACUUCCCUUCAGUGGAUGCUGCGUGGAGCUUGUUCCAGCCCACGAUUUCUGUUCCAUCUACGCCAUCGCAAUCGCGUUUUGCAACGCCGGCCAACGAGUUUGCUUGGCAAAGACUGGCCAAGAAUUUCGAUACGUACGGCAGCCAUGGAAGCUCAAAUGGCCCGUGGGGCAGCGACCAUGUCAGCUCCGAUCCUGUUACGCCAUACUCUACUGGUAACACGCCUCCCGCCUUGUCCAGGGCGUCUACAAUGAGGAGUGCGCAGACGGCUAAUCACACACCGUACGGAACAUCGCCAGAGCAAAGUCACACGGCGCAUAAAAAAAGCUCCACUGCAAAUUUCGCAAGUGCUGUUGCUGCAUUGUCGCGUCCUUUUGCGAACGCAAUGUCCUCUUCGCCUCCAGUAAGGUCACGCAUGGACGAUCUCUCAACUUCAGCACCCACCAGUGGUGUUACUUGGGGCACAACCACAUUCUAUGGAAGCGACUCCCAUGAUCAGAACAAUCUCUCAACCUCACGCUCAAAGCACGGCAAGCGAGCAAGCUUCGGGCAGUCAGAGCAAGUCAAUGUCAACUACAUAGAGGAUUCGGAUUCUGACUACGAGAGAGUCGAGGAUGACGGUGGCGACAGACUGGCGAACUCAAAAGAAAGUGGCGCAUUUGACAAACCUAAAGAUGGUGUCAGUAACAGAGGGGGCAUCAAGGUCACGCUCAAGAACCAAGAUCAGUUCGAUGAUGAGGCAUGUUUCAGUAGGCCACUACUAGACACAAGUAAAGACUGGUUACAUCGGGCUUGGCGCGAGCAGUAUGCUGAGAUGCUGAGCCGCUGGGGUUUGGUCAGCAUACGGGCCGAAGUACUAAAGUUCAACGGCCUUGUGUCAUACUUCCCAGCUGAACCUCCUCGUACCGGCCUCAAACAUGGCUCAGUAUCGCUCGCACUAAAGACAUCCGCCGACGAAAGCGGCGAUGAAAAGACAUCAAGACAUCUAUCUCGAGCUUCAUCAACACUGGUUCCUCCAACACCCACCACAUCGCAGAUGAAGCGCACACCGGGCGCAUCACCUUUCCACUUCUCCUUCAACCCCGAAGCAAUGGAGUUCCAACCUGGAACGAUAUCUGGCAAUAUAUCAGCAGAAGGUCUACCGUCUUUCAACACACUCAUUCCAACAGAGCAGUAUCUCCAGCUUUCAAUACCCGUCCCAACCCCAACGAAGGAGCUAGACGAGAGUGUUGCCGGCCUCGACACGUCGCCCGGCCAGAACCGACUACAGCCUCCACCCAGCAGAGCGAGCCGACCCAGCCUUUCACGGGGCACAUCAACCGUAUCAGCCGGUUCGUCAUGGCGUGACGGACGCUCGCGCACCAACCUCACCACUACAUCCUCCAAGCCCAUCAAAAUAGAGCCCGUGUACAGUUGCAGUAUCUGCUGGAUCCGCGUCUCAGGCCUGUUCCACCUCUGCCCCUCAUGCGGACACGUCGCGCACAUGGACUGCAUGGACGACGAGAUUGGCAUGGAAGACGGUGAAUGCGUAGUCGGCUGCGGAUGCGGCUGCGGCCUCGAAAACGACGAUGAGCGAAGCAGAAUGGAAGCCUACAUUGAAGGUGUACGCGCGGCGAACGCUGCUGGUAUCGCAUGGGAAGAGGGCAGCGAGUGGUUACCCAGCGGCACUACAACGCCUGCUCUGUAUGCUGAAAGCGCCUAUGGUGACUUCAUGACGGGCGGUGCGAGUAAAAUGGCGGGUAUGAAUGGUGGCGAGGAGAAGAGGAAGGAGAGGUUGGGUGGGCGCAGUAAUGUGGUUAGUCCUACGCCGGCUAAGAAGAAGAAAGGGAAGAAGAAGGUGAGGGCUUCGGGGUUGAGCUACUAUUGA